AGUUUUGCUUUGAAAGGGAAAUACAGCGUAAGACAAUCGGUGUCACCUCACUACUUAUUAUGGGGGAGUUGUACAAGGCUCAGUAACCCACAAUCAACAGUCUAUCCAUUUUCUCAGGGAGACCGUUGCUGUUACCGGACUCAAAAGCAAAGGGAUCUGCGUCGAGACGAGCACGUAAGGAUAGCUUCAAGUUAGCUAUUUAGCUACUAAGGCUAUUCUCUGGAGUUUUGUCGCUCAUUGGGAGGGAAUGGAGAAAGCUAAACAAGAUGCCUUCGACAACGCCAGACUUCAGGUGAUCAAAGAUGGCUAUGAGAGGGCCUUUGAGUGCAUCAAUAAAGGACUCACAGCAGAUGAAGCUGGAGACAAGGCUCAGGCUCUGGAGCUCUACAAGCGAGGUAGACAACACCUGGUCAGGGCCAUCAGUGUGCCUUCACAUGGAGACGAAUGUGUCGGCAGCUCCUGGGAAUCAGCCAGACAGAUGAAGCAGAAGAUGCAAGAGACACUGGACAACAUCACCACCCGUCUGGCUAUACUAGAGACCAGCUCUGACCUUGAAUCUGCACCUACAUUAAACAGUGUGUGUCCUCCAGAUGCUAUGGAUGCUCCAUGUCAAGGUCUCUACCCAACACUGCCAACCAAAGAGAAACCAGAGAGGCCUGCUCCUUCAAACCUACUCUCUGCUAACAGCCCUGCAGGAGGAGCUGUAGGAGGUAAACCUGCAUGCAGCAACGAGGGUCGUACUCUCUCCCCUACCAGACAGCCUGGGGUUCCAGGCGAGCAGCCUCCAGCAUACUCUCCUCAGGCAGCUGACGGUCACCUAUCCAUCUCAUAUGGAACAGAAGCAGGGGAGAUGUCACUGGUUGGGGACGAGUUUUACAGUCGCACAUCAAACUCAACACCAUCUCCUCAGAGUGUGGGUGAGGAAGGAGAGGAGCUGGUGUACAUCCCUCAUGGUGUACAGAUAUUCUUUGUCACACCUGAAGGGCAGGUAAGCGCGCCAUCGUACCCGGGCUACCUGCGGCUGGUGAAGUUCACAAGUGAUCACUCGGAAAGAAUGCCAAACAGACCACCAGCAUUUCUGCAGGUGUGCGACUGGAUCUACCCUCUCAUGGCCAUGCAGUCUCCUGUGUUGCUGUGUAACACUGGUGUGUUUAUGUUCCCUGACAUGAUGGCACCGGCUCCAGGCUAUUAUGUCGGAGUGGUGCUAUCCUCGGAGCUUCCUGCUGCAGACAGAGAACUGUUCCAGGACCUGCUGUCCCAGAUGACAGAUCUCAGGGUUCAGGCUCCAGAUGAAGCCACAGACACCAUUAACCUCAGUCAGAAGGUGUCCAUCACUGCCCCUAAGGAGACUGCACCAGAGGAGACUGCACCGGAGGAGAGUACAUCAGCUGCCACAGAGGAAGAAAAGACUCUGCCUGAGUGGAGUGAAAAGGUUGCAAAUGGGAUCCUGACAGGUGCGUCCUGGCUAAGCUGGGGCUUGGUAAAAGGAGCCGAAUUUACAGGCAAAGCCAUCCACAAAGGAGCUUCCAAACUACGAGAACACAUCACUCCAGAGGACAAGCCCACCCAUGUCAGCCCCACAGUCACCAAAGGUCUCCACGUUGCCAAGCAGGCGACGGGAGGAGCCGUCAAAGUCAGCCAGUUUUUAGUGGACGGGGUGUGUGCGGUUGCUGGCUGUGUGGGUCGAGAGUUGGCUCCACACGUGAAAAAACACGGAGGGAAGCUGAUCCCAGAAUCAAUGAAGAAAGACAAGGAUGGGCGUUCCAACAUAGAUGGAGCCAUGGUCGUGGCUGCCAGUGGAGUGCAGGGAUUUGCCACAAUGUGGACCGGUUUGGAAACAGCAGCGAAGAAUAUUACUUCAAGUGUAGCAUCAGAGACAGUCACCACUGUAAAGCAUAAAUUUAGGGGUCUACAAAACAUCUUUGACCCACCUAAUGAGAAGAAGUGUACGGAGCAGCAGCAGGACAAGCCACAGACAAUGCGGUCAAUUCUGCCAUUAAUGUCGGUAUCACUGCCUUCAAUGUUGACAACCUUGGGAUCAAAGCUAUGGUGAAAAAGACUGGAAAACAGACGGCAAAGGCCAUUUUGGAAGACUACAUGAUUCAGGAAAAACCGGAGAACGGGAAGCAAGUGGAAAAAUCUGAGAAGUAGCCAUCAGUGCCCUUCCUUGUUCCAACAUCAACGCCUUAAAUCUUAAUUUGUAUUCUUCUAUCAAAUAUUACUAUAUUUAAUAUUAUUUAUGGAAAUGUGGUCUAUAUUUACAAGAAACUACGGUUAUGACAUCUUAUAGUUUCGUACACUUUUUAAGCACCUUAAACUUUAUUUGGAAUAAAGUAGAUGGACCUAAGUGAAGAAAACUGCUGAUUGUAUAAUCCAGAUUUUACAAAUAACUUUAAUGUAGAUAUCAGGUAAAGUGAUUUAUAGACACACAUUCAGGUGUUACCACUUCGCCCACUAAAUACCACUAUACUGUAACUGUGCUAUUUGUACUAAAGUAGCUCUGAUUUUUAUGGCUAGACACUGGACUUGUUUCUUAAUUCUUCUGAAGCUUCUGUGUGUUUGAAUUUUACCUGUAAGAGUAAGUGCAAUUUAUACACGUCAAACUAUCAAAAAAUCUAAUCUUUAUAUAAUAAUAUCUUCAGAUUUAACUGUUUAAGACAAGCAUUUCACUGGCAGUAGUGACCAAAAGCACGUCAAUACUGCUGCUGGCUGUGCCUGAAGAUAUAAAACGAUAUCCAAAGAUUUUUUUAAAGAGGCUUACCAAGAAAAACUUUUGUCUCUUAACUGCAAGUCUGAGGAGUAUAAAACAGAUGUUUGUGUGAUGCUGUCUGAUGCAUUUCAGUUCUUUUUUCCAACAUAUCUUAAGUUUUUAGUGUUCAAGAAAGUUUAAUAUAAAAAAAUCUAGAUUAUAAUAUGUAAUAUCAAAAACUAAUAAUAUGUAUGAUAAAAAAUUAUUAAGUGUGAUGCUACCUGUAUUACAAACUAACCAGUGUCUUUAUUUUUGGACUGAUUGAUUCUCCAGCUUUAAGACUUCAUCAGGUAAAAACAAUGUUCAGAAUGCUAACACACACUUUAUUAAAGCAAAGAGAUUAUAAUUUUCCUGACUAAUUUAAUAAAAUUCAAAUUAAAGAACAAGAAA